GACAUUUACCUUUAAAAUGUUGCAGAGCUGGGGGACGUGGCUUGGUUUAGAGAACGAAAACGGUCCGAUUACACGGGAAAUAAAUUCCGCGACUAACGCCACAGAGGACAAAACUUGUGACAUAAACAAACAGGUUGCCGCUGGAAGUGUUGGCGAACAAAGUGCUCCACAACCUCGGGUUCUGCAAACAGCCAAAGGUUUCAGUGGUUAUGUUUAUAAUUUUGCAGCUAGUGCGUCAAAGAAAAUAUCCGCAUCCGUCGCUGAGACUGCUCAAACCUUUAAGAAAAGCGUGGAGGAAGGGAAGAUUGAUGGACUCCUUGAUAAGACCAUUUUGGGGGAUUUCCAGAAAGAGCAGGAGAAGUUUGUUCAAGAGAAAAAUGCAAAACGAAUUGAUGCUGCUGUGCCACCAUGGGUUGGCCAUAACGAAGAAGAGACCAUACAGCAACAGAUUUUAGCUCUAUCAGCUGACAAAAGAAAUUUUUUGCGAGACCCGCCUGCCGGUGUGCAGUUCCACUUUGACUUUGAGCAAAUGUACCCAGUGGCCCUGGUAAUGUUGGAGGAAGAUGAGCUCCUCAGCAGGAUGCGCUUCCAUUUAGUUCCCAAACAGGUAAAAGAAGAAACCUUUUGGAAAAAUUAUUUCUACCGUGUGUCCCUGAUAAAACAAUCAGCUCAGCUCACUGUUCUUGCAGCACAACAACAGGCUGCUGAGAAAAGUGUGAGAGAGAAAAAUACUUCCAGUCUUGAUGAUGAUCAGCAAACAGAAAUAAGACAGAAAAUCCCACCAAUCAUCAUCGGUGCCAAAGCUGAGCCUGGUGAGGAUACAGAGGCGAUCUCAACCAGUCCAGGUGUGACUGAAUUUGUGAGUGAUGCCUUUGAUUCAUGCAACAUAAACCAGGAGGACCUACGCAGGGAAAUGGAGCAACUGGUGCUGGAAGCGCAGGGCAUUGCUAAUACAGAGGAGGAGGAGAUUCCAGACUGGGAGAGGGAGUUGCAGCAAGAGCUUCAGGAGUAUGAGGUUGUGGCUGACAGUGAGAACCGUGAUGAAAACUUGGACAAAGAGAUUGAAGAAUUGCUACUGGAGGACAGCUAGAUCCCCGCUGCAAGACAAACCCCUUCAGCCUUAACUCUUGAAGGACAUCAAAGAAGGUUGGAUCAGUUCAUCUGGAUACGUUUAUUGGUAGAUACGUUUCAUCAUUAUCUCUCAAUAAAUGUUGUAUCCAGAUGAACUGAUUGAACCUUCUUUGAUUAGCUUAACUGGAUUAUUGAGCAUGCAUCAAGACGUCUUGAAAGACAUGUUUUGUACUGACAUAGAAAAAUAAAAAAAACCCUUCAAAACAGUUUAUAUGCACCUGCUAUAGAGGUGCAUUCCAAUUUUGGCCCGAGAUUUCAGGACUGUCAUAGGGCAAAAAGAGUCAAAGAAUAUUGUGGCUGAAUUUCAUUCAAUUAUGUUGUUUCCCUGCCCCAAGAUACAUCCUAGGUUAAUCUUCAAUACACUUGGAGCAAAAAGGAACAGAAAACUGUCAUGUGUCCUGUGCCACAAAUCUGUAUUUUGUCAAUGAAAGGGCACAUUCUGUUUCAGAAAAAUGCAUCACAAUAAUAAACUCAUUUGGUUGUACAACUCUAGGCAAAGUCUUCACAUCUAUAACCAGUCUCAUGCAUUGGCAGCAGUGCAACUACGUCCUUAACACCAGCAAAUUUGUUCUGUGUCUAGUCUGGUUUUUGCUGCAUUUGGAAUAGUAUGUCAGUAUUAAACUGAUGUUACUGUCUCUUCCAGUUCUUAUCUGGAAUAUUUUGUGUACUAUAGGUCAUUUAUCCUAACACUGAGCCAACUAACUUGUCUUUUAGAAAUGGAAGAUAAUUACUAUCUUUUACCUUUUUUUUUACAUCUGUAGACUUAUACAGAUAUAACUGUUCAAUUUUGCAGAGUAAUGUACUGUAUAUACAUGUCAUGAACCAAAGGAUUUUAGCUACUGCAUAUUUUGUGAACAUAGUUAACUGACUGAACUAAUAGUGUUCAAAGUAAUGAUCUGUAUUUUUUCCUAUUCUAUUGACAUGUAAAUGUCAAUACUAUAUGUGAAGAUUUCCAUAUUCACAAACUGCCUUUUUCUUCUAUUCCAGAUGAUAAAAACAUUGGAUUAAGCCUUUAUCUGUUACUUGUGCAAUCUAAAAUGCAAAUAUUUUCUUUUGCUGAUGUCCUAUUUCAGGUUUGUGUGUGUGUAAAUAAGUACACUCAUGGGUUGUGUGGUACGAUGUCAAAGAAAAAAAUAAGUUGUGUAACAGACUAUCCUAUUAGAAGAGCCUAUAACUUCUCAGUACUGCUGUGUCACGAUGCUGUUUUAUUUCUCGUUAAAAAUCUUGGGUUACAAAAUAAACGAUGCCUUUUGGAAAUAUGU